AUGGCAAUUGACCCCUUCAAACCCAUCCUUCUCACCGCCGACGGCGCCGACCUCAGCGUCACCGUCCUCCCCUACGGCCUCACCAUUCACAGUCUCGGCACGGAAUCAGGCGAAGACUUUAUCGGCGGACCUGAAGAGCCUCACGAUCACAAAACACGCGGUCGUGCCUUCCUCAAUCCGAUCAUCGGUCGUUUUGCCAACCGUCUUCCCGCCGGUAAAGUCAAUAUCACCUCUGCUAAUGGCAAGACUACUUCGAUCAACCUACCCGAGUUCAGCGCUCCUGGAGUUGUGCUUCACGGUGGGCCGCAGCUAGAGAAGGAGAAUCAGCCAGACACCAUUGUGCAGCAUGGACCUUUCGAUAAGUGCUACUGGCAGCCAUUGGAGGUGAAGGAUAGUAAGUUCUUCAAAGAUGCUGGGUUUGAGUCGACGAGCAAGCCUAGUAAGAAACAGAAUAGUUUGAUUUUUGCAAUCGAGUCGCCUGAUGGGGACUCUGGUUAUCCUGGACAGGUAAGGGUGGAGACGCUAUUGGCGGUGGUGCCUACUUCUGCAUCGGAUAAGGAGCUAGGCGAGUCUGCGGGCAGGUUCCUCAUCCGUUACCGCGCAGCUCUUUGCUCAGAGGGAAGUGUGGAAGCAACGCCACUCAACCUCACUCACCACUGGGGCUUCAAUCUGUCUGCAUCCAACGAAGAAGCUGGUAAAGCUGAAAACGGGACCGUUUCGGAUCACAUCAUCCAACUCAUCCCUCCCCGCGGCAAACAGCUUUACAAUCUUAACCUCGAUUCCGACAUGCUCGCUACGGGCAAGCUUAGCCCCACCACUGGCGAAGCCGAUUCAUUCUCCAACCCCGGCUCGCACAACUGGGGCAAAGAAGGCGGCAAACGAAUCUCGGAAGGAAUCCCUUCUGCUGGCUACGACGAUUUCUACGUCUGGGGUCUCGACACCGCCAUCCCCCAAUCAGACGAUGUGAACAAGAUCGCUACUCCCGAAACCAAGCGAAUGCGAGUCACCUCCGAAGCGGCGGGUCGAUCGAUUACGUUUUGCACAAACCAAGCGGGUACGCAGAUCUACACUGCCGAAGGCCAACAGGAGCAUCCCGCUGAUCCUGCCGUUUCCGGUGGACUGAUGAAGAAGGCGCACAGGAAGGGUGGCCAGGCGGAUAGUGGGAACUUCAAGAGGAGUUAUAUUGCGAUCGAGUUCGGUGGUCCUCACUGUGGGUUCCUCCAGCAAGGGCUUGCCGAGUUUGGUGGAAGGGAGGAGGUACUGGAGAAGGGACAGAUCUAUGAUAAUUGGGUGGUGUUAGAGGCUUGGAGGAAGUGA